AUGAAGUAAUCCUUCUUAAUCAAAUCUGAAUUUCAAUAAUUAGUAUUAUUGAUUAAGUUAGCAUUACUUAAACAUUAUAUUCUUAGUUUUCGAUUUUAGUUGGUAAUACUUCAUUCAUAAAGUAAUUUUAGAAAAAUUAAUUUGCAAUGAAUUCAAUGAGUACAGUUGGAGUAGCAUGUUUAAUAAUAUUAAUGUUGAUAUUAUAAGGAGUCUAAGAUAGUUAUAAUAAAUAUCAAUAAGUGAAAUUAUAAAUGUGGGAUAUUGCAGAAUAAGAGGGAUUUAGAUCAAUAACUAAACCUAUUAUUGUGUUUAUGAUAAAGUAGUUUAUAGUAUAUGAUACAUGAACAGCUUAGAUCAAAUAAAUAAUUGAAUUGUAGAUUUUGAUGAGUAUACUAUUACAUCUUUUAUAAGCAAAUGUUAAAACUAACAAUCAAAAUAGUAUUUGGUAAUUAAAUUAAUAUAUCAAUCAGG